UCAGUUUGUGGGUCACAGGAUAAAGUGAUACAUUUAUUGUUCUCACAUGAUGUCGGACUAUUUCAACAAACUGAGGACGUUUUGCUGAAUAAGAGGAUAAUCACGUCUGUGUGAACUUGAUCCAUAGAAAGUUUAAUGCUAAAAAACCCACGUUUUUCCAUGAUUUGGACACAAAUUGCGGCUGGAUCAGAGAGAAGGUGGGUCAGCCCCUGAGAGGAUAAGGAGGAUCCAUGGCGUGACACAUGAUCACACAGGAAAGCAACAAUCUUUGCGACUGGGUUCUGAGGUGUCCUGAAGGCUCCAAUCGUCGCCACGGGGGAAGAAACACCAGAAACAAGUCCACAACCCAGUGAGAACACUCACUCAGCCUGAGAUUCCUGCACAGACAGGAGCAGAAGAAAGCCAAAAUGUCAAAGAUAAAUGAGAUGAGCAUUCUGGGCGUGAGGAGCUUUGGGAUUGAAGACAAAGACAAACAGGUCAUCUCUUUCUUCACUCCUGUGACUGUGCUGGUUGGACCCAACGGAGCAGGAAAAACAACGAUUAUUGAAUGUCUCAAGUUUGCGACAUCAGGAGAACUUCCACCUGGAUCUAAAGGAGGUGCUUUUGUUCAUGAUCCAAAGGACGCCCAGAGGACAGUUGUACGAGCCCAGAUUGAGCUCUCACUCUCAGACAUCAAGGGAGAGGAAAUCGAGAUCCAACGCUUCAUGUCCUGCUCUCUGAUAGAAAAUAAAUACUCCUUUAAAAGUGAAGAGCAGAACAUUAAAAGAGCAAAGGAUGGAAGGAGGGUGAGCAGGUCUGUUAAGUGUGGCGACCUGCACCAGGAAAUAACGUGUGCGCUGGGUGUAUCAAAGUCAGUGUUGAACGACGUCAUCUUCUGUCAUCAGGAAGAGUCUAACUGGCCACUUAGUGAAGACAGAGUUCUCAAAGAAAAGUUUGACUCCAUCUUCAAUGUAACCAAGUAUAACAAAGCAAGGGCGAAGAUGUAUGAGCUGCGUUUGAAGCAAAGUCGGACAGUCGAACGGUGUCAGGCAGAGCUGUCCUACCUGGAGAAAAACAAGGAGAAGGCCCAGCAGCUUAGAGAUAAUGUAGCCCAAAAACAGGCUGAUCUGAGGGCCUCACGAGAUCUGAUCCUGCACAUAGAGAACCAGAUCGAUCCACUUGAGACACUGCUGAGCAACAUAAAAAUGAAACUUGAAAAUGUGACGAAGCUAGAAAAUGAAAUCAAAGCUCUGGACAGCUUGAGGAAACAGAUGGAGGAGCACAACAAGGAGCUGGAGGAAACUAUGGAAGAGGUGUUUCAGGGUUCAGAUGAGCAGCUACAGCAUACUUACGAGAACCACCAGAGGACAGUGAGGGAGAAAGAGCAGAAGCUGCAACAGCACCAGGAGGAGCUGCAGACCUUUGACCAAGAAUACCAGAGACUGACCAGAGUCACGAAUGAUCUGCUGGUAGAAAAAGGUCGUCUACAACAUGAAGCUGAACGUCACACUAAGAACACUGAGGACCGCGACAAACUGGUCCACUCUUUGUCAUCCUGUCUGGAGAUGGAGGGUUACGACCAGCUGCCCUUUACUGUUUCUCAACUCGAGAGCUUUUACCAUCAAGUCACACAAAGGCUGGAGCAGGAAAAGGAGAGAGUCAGUCAGCUUUUGGCAGAGCUGCAGAAACUGGAGCAGCAGAAGCAGCAGUCUGUUGAUGAAAUGAGGGACAGGAAGACGUGCACGGAGAGAACGGUGGAGAUGAAAAGAGACGAGCAGCAAAAGAAGCAGCAAGAGCUGAAAAACAUCACAGAAGAGCUGCAACGACUGCAGGAUUCAUCUAGUCGACUGCAAGAGCUGGAAAAUAAACUGGCUGAAGUGGAGCGUGAGGAUGCAGUUCAGAGCUCCAGCGUGGAGGAGCUGAAGGCCGAGGUCAAGAAGCUCCAGAGCGAAAAGGUUGAACUCGACUGCACACAGAGACAGCUCGAUGAAGACAUGGAGACACUCAACAUGCACACAGCUGCACUCACACAGAUGGACAUACUGAAAAAGGGCAAAGCCGAGAUGGAGGAGCAGAUUCUUCAGAUCCGGUCUCGUCACUGUGAGGAUCUGGUGUCUCUAAUGGGCCACUUUCCAAACAAGAAAGAGCUGGAGGACUGGAUCUCUUCCAAGUCAAAGGAAAUCAGCAGCACCGGGGACAGACUUACAAAACUCAAAAUGGACUUGGCAUCAAAUGAGCAGAAUAAAAGCCACAUUACUGCUGAGCUGCUGAAGAAGGAGCAGCAGUUAGCCACAGAUGAAGAGAAGUUCUUGAAUGUUUGCAGCAGUCGAGAUCUGGAGCAGAACCUGAGCAACCUGCAGAGAGAUCUGGACGAGAUAUUCAAGACAAAAGCUCUACUAGCUGGAACUAAAGUGGUGUACACCCAGUUCAUCAGCGAGCUGAGCGAGCACAGGGAGCCCUGCUGCCCCGUGUGCCGACGAUCGUUUCCCUCAGAGUCUGAGGUGCAGGAAGUCGUCAGAGUCUUGCAGUCUAAACUACACCUGGUGCCAGAAAAACUGAAGAUCACUGAGCAGGACCUGGAGAGGACAGAGAGGAGGAGAGAGGAGAUAGUGGCUCUCAGGCCUGUGAGGGAGGCCAUUGUGCAGUUUCAGGAAAAUGAGCUGCCAGCAUUGAGGAAGCGGCUGCAGACUGUGGACAGAGAAGCUGAGAGGCUGAAGGGUGAUGUGGAGGAGCAGGAGGCUCUGCUCGCCAUCCUGAGGUCUGAGGAGGAAAAAGCCAAAGACUGCCUGCAGGGCAUUUCCCUCAUGGACUCAUACCUGAGAAACCUUGAAGAGGUGGAAAGGAAAAUUGAUGAGCAGGCAGCCAAACUCCAGGAAGUAAACCUGGACAACACAUUUCAGCAGCUCAGUCAGGAGAAACAAGAAACUCAGGACCAGCUCGACACCACUUACAGCACAAUUGUGGGUAAACAUAAACAGAUCCAGGACCAGCAGGAGCAGAUUCAGAGGCUGAAAAGUGCAGCGAUAGAGAUGAGAGACGAGCAGCUUCAGCUGAUCAGAGACAAACAGAAGCAGGAGAACCUGGAGGAGCUGAGUGCAGAGAUCACUGCUAGGAUGGAGGCCUUAACCACAGAGAUCAGGGAGGGAAAUGAAGAACUGCGCCCUCUAUCAGCUGCUCUGGAGAAGCUGCAGCAGGAAAAGCAAAAGCUGGUGGAGCAGAAGAAGCAGAGAGAGGAAGAAGAGCAGAAGAAGAUUCGUAACAUUGAGGAGAGACUGAAGGAAAUCACUGCCUUGCAAAGAGACGUCACUAAAUAUGUUGAUGAGGGAAGAGACAAAUACAAAGAGGACAAAGAGUCAGAGUAUCAAGCAGCAACAACUCAGCUCCAAGAGGCUGAGAGGAAUAAAGAGAGGAUCAGCACAGAGAUGGGAAACAUCCAGCAGGACAAAGACACUCAAAAGGUCAAAGAGCGCUGCUUAUGGGACAACCUGACCUUGAGGAAGCGCGUUAAUGAGCUGAAGAACAUGGCGGCCAAACGUGAGGCUCUGGAGGAAAAACUGAGCUACAUGCAAGUCUCGCAGCUUCAGCGACAACGUGAGGAAGAGGAAAGCAAGCUGGCCGAACUGAAGAGCGAGCGCAGUCGGGAGGAGGGCGCACAGAAACCCCUGGAGGAGCAGAUACUGGAAUACAGCAAACAGCUGGAGGAAGAUCAGUACGGCAAAGCUGAGGAGCUCCACAGAAACAAGAUGAUUGAGAUGAGGACCACACAGCUGCUCAGCAAAGACCUGAAACUCUACGAAGAGGCUCUAGAUCAAGCCAUCGUGAAGUUCCACAGCAUGAAGAUGGAUGAGAUCAACCAGAACAUCAGAGACCUGUGGCGCAGCACCUACAGGGGUCAAGAUAUCGAGUACAUCGAGAUCAGGUCUGAGGUGGAGGAGAGGUCAGAGGGGCGGAGGAGCUACAACUACAGAGUAGUGAUGAUGAAAGGAGACGCAGACGUGAAUAUGAGAGGGCGCUGCAGUGCCGGUCAGAAGGUACUGGCAUCCCUGAUCAUCCGGCUCGCUCUGGCAGAGGCCUUCUGUCUCGACUGUGGAAUCCUGGCCCUGGAUGAGCCCACCACCAACCUGGACCGGGAGAACAUCAAGUCCCUGGCAGACGCUCUCGUAGAGAUCAUCAGGACUCGCUCUCAGCAGCGUCACUUCCAGCUGCUGAUCAUCACUCAUGACGAGGACUUUGUGCAGCUGCUGGUUCGGUCUGGGUGCAUCCAGCACUUCUACCGCAUCAGCAAGAACCAGGACCAGAACUCAGAGAUCACAAAGCACAGCACAGCCUUCCUCUCUGUGUGACACCUUUGUACCUCAGCAGCUCUGACAUCACUUCAUGGUUCACCCUCUCACACACGACCACGUGAGCUGCUCGCCCGGCAUCAGGAUGAAAUUUGGAUUCGGCGUCUCAGCUGACGACACCUCAGCACGUGAAAGUCUGUGGACUAAUGGACACAACCUGUUCAGAGAUCAGAGGCAGCUCCACAGUUUACUUUUAUAUUUCCACGUUUCCUCUGAGGGGACAGUGUUCUCUUAUGAAUAUUUUUAUGGGACAAAGAGGUGUGAGUGGUGUGUGCUGUGAUUUAGUUUUUUAGAUCUCCUCUGGUUCCUCUAAAGGGCACCCAGGACAGUUCAGAACAUCAGCAGCUGUUAUGGAGCCAGAGGUGACUCCAGCUGUCAGCAUUACCUGCAUGCAUAAAAUUAUGUUAAUGCAUGAAGGAAAUCCUUUUUUCCUGUUAGGGUGGCUCCAUUUUUAGUUUAUUUUUUAAAUAUUUUUCUUCACUCUUUAAUUUUUUUCCUUACAAAUAUUUGCUGCUGGGCUUAGUAGAAUAAUGCACAUUUGUCAGCACUCGCUCACAUACACACUGCAUGUAGUACCAUCACACUCUAUUCGGUGUUUCAGUGUUCUUGUCUUCUGUUAAAACAGGAAGAAGAAACCUGUAACAGAUGAUGUCUGAGAGGUUUUCAUGUUAACAAAGAUCUGUCUGCUCUUUGAUGAACGCUGUUUGGCUCACGCUGCAGGAGGUGCUGGUGUUUUUAUAGGACAGCUGAGGGUUCAUCUGCUCUUUAAGACAUGUUUGAUCUGUGUGAAUGUGACACAUUACUUUAUUCAGGUUUGUGUGAACAUUUACUUAUUUUAUAUAUAACCUCAUCAUAAAUGAUGUUGUAUACAGCCUGUUUAACAACAUAAAAAACAUACUGCUAUUAAAAAACAGAAAGAAACUCGUUGUUACUACAUCGGAUCUGGUAAUAAGAUCAUUAUGAGAACAACGGCCCUCUAGCGGGAGAAGUAGGAACUACAAAAACAGUAAAGGUUUAAAAAAACAACACAAACACUACUUCCUGUUAGCGAUUUUAGUGAAGGUUAUUGUUUUCGACCAAAGUACUACAGCUUAUCUGACACUGUUUUAAACAUUAAUGUGUGACGAUGGGCUGAAGAUGUUAAUGUGUGAAAAAAUUCUCUUUCAGCCGUCUAAGCUAGCUCUCGCUAACUGGCACAAGCUAACCCGAAGACAAUAGGAUGACAGUUGAAGCUGAGUUGUAACUACCACUAGCUAGCUUCACUGCUACCUCAGAUUACUUUCUGUAGACGUGUUAGUAAAGUUUAAAGAGUAAAACAACCGCUGAUCACAUGAAUUACACCGCUGUAUCCUCUUUGACUUCAUGUCCGCGGAUCAUAAACUACAGAAUUUCCCCUGCCCUCUAGUGGACAACUGCAUGUGUAUAAUCACUUUAGAGAAAUUACAUAUGGAAAUAACAUCCGGUGUGACACUUCAAAAUAAAAGGCCCCAAUGUGGUUUGAUAUAUACACCAGAGGGCGGCAUAUAUCAAACAUACUGAUUAUAAAACUUACUGUAAUGUCUUAAAAAAUGUUUGUUAAAUGUUUAAAGGAAAGACAAAAGACACACAAUUAUUCAAUUAUGGAUAAAAAUACAUUUAUAAACCAAUAACAGGUACUGUCUACAGAAUAUAUAUAUAUAAUACUAAUAUCCUACAUAAUCGCUGAUGUGACUGAAUUAAUUGUUCUGUGUUGUUUAAUUUUUCAUGUGAAAAGAUAUCAAAAGUUUACCUUAAUAUGUAUUUGAUCAUAAGCUGUUUUUUAAGACACACUCUUUCCAGAUCACUUUUCUCAUGGGCGUAUUUUUUUUUUUUUUUUAACUUUUCACUUCUAGCUACAUUAUGUUUGACAUGUUUGGACACCUUAGAAAAGCUUAAAGUGCUUCUUAUCUUUAAGUCUACAAAUUCCUAGUCUGCAGCCAAUUGAGCUGAAAGUGUCAUCUGGAGAGGCUGUCUUUCAGGGUUUAUUGUUCUGAUCCCUCAAACACAACUGAUGGUGCGUUAAAUUAAAAGAAUGAGAAUAUUAAAAUCAAGUGAUCAGACUGAUUUACUUCACUGCCAAUUGUGCUAGUAUUUCUCACUGAAAAAAAGCAUCUGCAGCAUGCUGCAGAGAUUUCAGAGCUCAUGUUGGAAGAGUGAGACAUUUCUCCACUCCUGUCAGUUUAUUUGUAAUGUCAAAUGAAGACGUGAUUAAAAAGAUCAUCAAACCA